AUGGCUACCGAUAUGAGCGGCUUGCGUACCCAGAUCCUUGCCAAUGCCAAGUACAUGAUGUUCUCCAACAUCAACAAGGGCGACCAGGCCGACGCUGGCACCAAGCUUCCAACCCUGGGCUCCGUCGCUACUCUCGUGACCUCGAGCACCACCACCACCGGCACUUCCACCACUAGCCCCGCCAAUUUGGAGGUCGUUGUCUAUGGUGAUGGCAGCGAGUUCAAGGCUGCUGUUGUCUGUGGCAUCUACCCAGUCAUUGAGGGAGCGACUGGAAUUUCCCCUGAGGGCGCCAUGCGCAAGUUACUCCUCUCGUCCUCGGAGCUGCUCAACACCAUCAUGCCUAAGCUCGGUUCGCACCAGCGUAACAUCCACGGCGGCGGUGUUGUGGAUGAGGACUUUCUCAGCCGUGACCUUAUCGACAAGAAGGUCUAG